GAUCCAGCAGGAUGUUAGUAGAUCAUGUGUUGCUGCCACCUUGUGUUCCUGUGGCUGUAAAACGUUGUCAGCAGCCUCGUGUGAGCUGAUUGGUUAAAGGCCACAUGACGUCACCACGCACCGUUUAGAAUCACGGAAGUGGCGGGAUUGCUGUCAGGCUUCAAAUUCAAAAACAGUUUUAUUAUCUGCUGCUGCUAAGAGAACCAAUCAGCUCAAAUUAACGGAUUGUUUUCAACGGAGUUGGAGGAAACAGAGUGAAAAGCAUGCAGCAGCUGGAGCAGCUGGAGUGGGACGAUGUGAACAAACUCCUGCAGCAUCACGGCUUUAAGSCCGUGUUUUUUGCGGACCCUGUGGAAAACAGGAGCCUGACAGAUCUGGUCCUCCUGGACAAGAGGUCGGCGGCUGAGUUGAGGACAACUCUGAGGACGAUGCUGACGGACUCUGAGAGGAGACAGGCUCUGAUCCAGGAGCUGGUCAUCUCCAACAACCAGCUGAAGGAGGAGGACCAGAAGCACGUGAGCCGAGCAGCUCAGCAGUCUCAGAGAGUCUCUGAGCUGGAGGGGCUCCUGGACCAGGUGAAGACCAGGAUCCAGGACCUGGAGGACCACCACCUGGGCAGGGCUGUCCAGCAGCACAGCCUGAGCCAGCAGCAGCUGCAGCACGAACACACACAGAAACGCUGUCAGCUGCUGGAGCAGAAGCUGUUGAAGCAGAAGGAGGACUUGGCCGAGCUCCAGAGGAAACUUUAUUUCACCACCAAAGAAGAAGAGCAGCGGUUGGCUCGACACAGUCAGACCUUUCAGAGGAUCUGUGGGAAAACGUACGAGCAGGACUCUGCAGCCGACCGACAGGUGCUGGACGUCAUCGACUUCUAUGAAACUAAAGUAGCUCAUCUGCUGGAUGAACUCAGAUCUGCCAAAGGAGAGGUCAAAGGGUCUAAAAUAAAACCACUGAAGACUAUUCUCAAGGAAUAUCAGGAGCAACAGAAGAAAAGCAACUUUCACAUAAAAGAGCUAAAGAGGGAAGUUGAUUGCCUGAAGCAGGAGUUGGAUAAAAGAGAUUUUUCUAGACUACCUAAAGAAGACGACACGAGUGAGAGUAACGAGAACGACCAGUUCAGGGACGCUCGAGUGUGUCUCCACUAUCACCAUGUGAGAUGCUUGUUCUCCGUUGAACAUCUUCUGGUCGUGUUUGUUCCUAAAACCUUUGUUUGUCAAUCCCAGCUGCUGACUGAGAUCAGUGCACUCGUCUCCAACCCAAACGCCCCAUUAAGACUGAGGAACAAACGCUGUGCKGGCGGUGUGGAGCCGGCCGACUUCCAGGCCCUCCUGCCCACCCUGGAGGAGUGGGCCCAGCAGCUCCAGAGGCUGAAGGACCUUCAGGGCAGAAUCAACAAACUGUCUGUCAGACUGUUGCCCUGGCAGCCGCCCAGCAGCGGCGCUUCAGAGGCGGUGAAGGUGGAGGACAUGAUGCUGCUGGUGGACACGCUGUUGGAGAACGUUGCUGCUGAUGAUCAGCAGAAGCUCAGCAGUCCGACUCGCCACACCCUGGCCUCCAUGGUGUCUCAUUUCCAGAAGCUGUUUGACGUUCCCUCCCUCAGCGGGGUCUACCCACGUAUGACCGAGGUCUACACCCGGCUAGGAGAGAUGACCAACGCUAUGAGGAACCUCCGAGACCUCCUGAACCUGGACAGCGGAGUUUCUCCUGCUCACGUGGUGAACCAGGUGUCCAGACUGGUCUCAGAUGAGCAUGAUGGAGGAUUCCACAGUCUGCUGGGAGACACUGAUGUCGACAGCAUCAUCAUCAAAGUGAGGCAGCAUGAUGAGUUCUUCCCACCUUUUCACGCCCUGGUUACAGAAAUGUUCAACAUUUUAGGUGUGAGACGCUUGGACGACGUCCUUCCUGCUCUGAAGUCUCUGAAACAAGCUGCUCAGUGACCUGCAGCUAACGAUGAACUUAGAGCUGCGUGUUUGUUAAAGAGUGUGAUUUUUUUUCUUGUUUAAUAAAAACUGUGAAUGCCUGAAACAGAGUCCUUACUGGUACUUUAUAACACGCAUCUAUUUGGCAGUGGCUGUGGCCGACACUUGACCAAGUGUCCCUGGACAAGUCACUGAACCCCACUGCCUCUGAUGUGUCCCAUCAGUGCAUUUAAAGCACUGCUUAGUUUCAAUAAAUGCAUUUACCUGUUAGGUUUGCAGUGAGAUGCAGUUAGAGAGCUCUGUGAAUGGGUAAAUGACAUUGAGUAUCCUGGUUGGAUAGAAAGGUGCUUUAUACAGUGCAGUCCAUUUACUAUGUAUCCAUUAUGGUCAUGACUUGUGUGAAAUGACUCGUGUUUCCAAAUGUAACUGAAAGAAAUCAUUUAUAAUUUGUUUCUAAA